UACUCUGAUGUUUCGUUUCAACCCGACCGUUCCAACAUUAACGUGGCUGCCUCUCGCCGAGAAGACGUCAUAUCCGCAGAACAACUCGACGGCAAUCAGCACGUACAUGUCACUUGACAGGAUAACGGCCGCUCUCGUGGCCACCUUCAGACACUUUAAAUGGCAUAAACUGGCUGUAAUUUCGGCCGCUAAGGAACCGUGCUCCGAACUAGUGGACAUGGUAAAUAGCGUCUUCCCAAACAUGGAUUUGCUCACCACGCGUGUCAAACUCCUCCAGGCGCUUGUCCACAAACAUCUCACAGACGCCCUCACCGAAAUCAGGGACCAUGCCAGAGUUGUGCUGGUUUGCCUUCCACCGACGGCCCUGUGGCAACUGCUGGUGGUGGCGGACGAACUAGGGAUGUCAGCGAAAGAGUACGUCUUCCUGUACAUCCGGUGGGGAGCCUCGCCCGCUACUGGGCUGCUGGAGCACACGACUGCUUUGGACGCCGUGGAAGUUUCCCGAGUGCUCUCGCCCCUCCUGCAAGUAUCUGUGUUUGCCGUUGAUAACGACCGUUUAAAGAACUUUACAGCCGCCUUGGCAGCUGCUUCGCUUCCUGAACUGCCCGGCACACCCAGCAAUCAGACGGACGAGUUCUCCGUGUCGCUUUACGAGACGGUGCUGCUGGCUGCCGACAUGCUUCACACGGCCAACAUCACUUCAAGUAGCCCCUUAGCGACGCCGUCUCAUGCCUUCAACUUCACACUUCUGAAGAGAAAUUAUACGACAAUGUUCGGUGAAAAAAUAGUUUCCACUAGCGGUAAAAUAUCCCGGUCCAUCGUGAUAAAACACUACCAAGAUGGCGACUUCUUCACCGUUGGUCACGUGGCCGGCAAUUACCAUCCAGCUGCCCAGAUCCGGUGGCCGGGUGGGAACGUACCACCGGAUUCCCCGCAAUGCGGCUGGCAGGGGGAACUCUGUGACCGGGAAGUAAACACCAGUUCUACUUCCCCUGUCAUCAUCGGAACCUGUGUAGCUGUUGUCAUACUGGGAGUGGUCGGAGUGGUGGUCUUCAUCGUGUACAGGAAGUCUCGCUUGGAAAAAGAUCUGCUAAGUACGGGCUGGAAGGUGAACGCAGCCGAUAUUCGUGUCCGCCGCACCCGUCAUGCCGCCCACAAUCCACUCCUGGACCGCGACACCAACGCCAAUCCGCGCGCGAAACUAGUCCGCAUGGAGACGAGAGGGACGCUGGGACUAGGGUCCACCAGCAGUAUCGACAAGACGCUUCUGUUUGCACCGGUCGGCAGCUACAAGGGCUCAAUCGUGGCAUUGAAAACCCUGCGGAGACGGUCCAUACAACUCACACGGGAAACCCUCAGAGACUUCAAUGCGCUGCGUGAGUUGACGCACGACAACCUGAACCCUUUUAUCGGCGCGAGCAUGGAGCCGGGGCAGUCGUACGUGCUAAUGAAGUACUGCUCCAAGGGAAGCCUACAGGAUGUGCUAGAAAACGACGACAUUAAGCUGGAUAGCAUGUUUAAAAUGUCGUUUCUGAUGGAUCUUAUCAGGGGAAUGGAUUUCCUGCACAAGAGCGUAGUUCGUUCUCAUGGCAAUUUGAAGUCGAGCAACUGCGUGAUAGACAGCCGCUGGGUUCUGAAACUGACGGACUAUGGAGCCCUGUGUUGCUCACAAGAGGAUGAGGUCUGUACUUCCGGCUCUGACGUGGAUCAGGAUAUCGACGUUUAUGCAAGACUGCUGUGGACGGCCCCGGAGCUGCUGAGGAUGUGCCGGCGACCACCCAAAGGCAGCCAGCGGGGAGACGUAUACAGUGUCGCCAUUAUAAUGCAGGAAGUCAUCUUCAGGUGCCCUCCCUUCUUCUUUAAUGGCGCAGUUUCUAAUAAAGAGAUAAUCAGCAAGGUACAGGCUGAUGAGAACCCACCGUACCGGCCCCGGCUGGCGGGGGACGUGGAUGUCGCUGAACGUCUCAUCACCCUGAUGUGCGCCUGCUGGAACGAGAACCCGGACACGAGGCCGGAUGUCCACACUGUGCUGAAAACGCUCAUGGAGAUCAACGGGAAGGGGAAGAGGACGAUGCUUGACAACAUGUUGGCGAUGCUGGAGACGUACAGUAACAACCUAGAGGCGCUGGUGGUGGAUCGGACAGAGGAACUGGCUCUGGAGAAGCACAAGACUGACACACUCCUCUGCCAGAUGCUACCACCCCUCGUUGCGGAGCAGCUGAAGCGUGGCGAGCACGUGGUUCCGGAGACGUUCUCGGAGGCGUCCGUUUUCUUCUCGGACAUCGUGGGCUUUACCAGCCUCUCCGGCGCCAGCACGCCCCUACAGGUGAUCGAUUUGCUCAAUGGUCUCUACACAACGUUUGAUGAAAUCAUAGAAAUGCACGACGUGUACAAGGUUGAAACGAUAGGGGACGCAUACAUGGUGGCGAGUGGCGUGCCUCGCCGGUGUCCCCAACACGCGGCCGAGAUCGCCAAUAUGGCGCUGGAUCUCCUGAGCGCCAUCACCAGCAUCCGAGUUCGGCAUUUGCCGGAAGCACGACUGCAGCUGCGCAUUGGCUUGCACAUGGGACCAUGCGCCGCCGGGGUGGUCGGGCAAACGAUGCCGCGAUACUGCCUUUUCGGUGACACCAUCAACAUGGCAUCCAGGAUGGAGUCUACUGGCAAAGCGCUGCACAUUCACGUGAGUUCUGACUUUGCAGCCGCUCUUCGGGAACUCAAUCAAGGUUUCCUGUUAAUGGAACGCGGGGUUAUCGAGGUCAAGGGUAAGGGUCAGCAGAAGACGUACUGGUUGAUCGGUAAGGAGGGAUACACACAGACCUUACCAGAGGAAACACAAAGAUUACGGGAAAAAUUUAAUGAGAGUGUGGAGCGCGGGAGGCCACCGUCACCGACAGACACGUGCAUUUCGAGCGGAAGUCAGUUCGAGAGCACGAGCAUGUAUGGAAACGCUUUCAGGAGAGCGUCCAAUGCCAUCCUCUUCAUCCGGCAACUAUCAAAUCAGUCUAAUUACAGUGGCCAUUCCAAGAGCAGGCUCGUUAUAAAUAACUGCGACGAGGAGAAAGAUCCUGGCGACAUGUUGACUCUACCCGUCACUGAUGGCAAGAACAGUUCAAUGAUAUUGCCACGGUCGGAGAGUGGUCGGCUUUCCGCUGACGGACACAAACAUACUCACGGUUCUAGUGGACACAGGAAAAGGAAGAAAGCAAAAACACGGCACAAGUCACCAGAUGUCACAUCAACAGAUCACAAGUUUCUUAUCCCGAAAAUAGAAGUGACAAACCAGAGUGUUUAGCAAUGCACCCAAUAAUUACGUGCCCGCAUUGGUGUUCACUUUACCUCUGUCGUAGUGCAGACUGGAUCUACGGUACAGAAUGGUUAGCAUGUACAGAUACAUGCACAUACUGACGUUGUAAGCCACUACAGUUAACAGGAAUAAUCCGAGAGUUAAAGCGCUGCAACACACUAUGAAGAAGUGCAUACGUGCAUAAAAGAGCUGUUUUAACAUUACUGCAGUAACAAUGGUUAUAUAUACAUAAGCUUUUGCAAGUUGAUAAAUAACAUUAGCAGUAUUAUCUAUAUAUCCAUUACUCUAUAAUACCCUUCUCUAUAUCUAGAUAACUGUUCAUCGGAUGUUUAAGGAACUUAACUCACUUGAAGCUUUCAUUAUUGAUACAAACUUUUCUAAGCAGAGUCAAAUUCCUGAGUGGACAAGAAAUGCUGUUUUCGAAUGGUUGCAUUCGAAAAAUUGAUGUUUCCACUGAACAAGAGCAUGUUCGAAGAUAUGUUUAGUAAGAGUGAAAGCAUUAGGAAUGAGCAAACUGAAGUUUAAGCAAUGCCCUGGACAGAUUUGACAAACAUCUAUUAACAAAUGGGAGACAAAUGCACGAAUAAUUGCCCAGAAAAAUACAGUUUCUUGCUCAGUGUGCAGCUUAUUAACUGAUCAAAGUAUUUAUUUUUUUAGUUAUUCUGAGUUGUGUUUCAGACAAACAUUGCUCCUGUGCUGUGUAUAGCUGUGCUUUACCAUAUAUGUUCAAAGUUUCAUUUAAUUCU